AUGGAGAAAUGCCCAGAGAACGCGAGCAUCUCUGCGGAUGACUUGAAUCUCAGCUUCAUGAAGAAAUACAUGAUCCUGAACGCUCCCCAAAGAAUAGUCAUCAUGGUACUAUGCACCCUGCUGGGCCUGCUGUGUGCCCUGGAAAACCUAACUGUGCUCUACCUGAUCCUGUCUUCCCACAGGCUCCGUAGGAAGCCCUCAUGCCUAUUCUUUGGUAGCUUGGCUGGGGCUGACUUGCUAGCUAGUGUGGUUUUUGCCUGUAGCUUUGUGAAUUUCCACGUUUUCCAUGGCAUGGAUUCCAACACGAUUUUUUUGCUGAAGAUAGGCAGUGUGACCUUGGCUUUUACAGCCUCUGUAGGCAGCCUGCUACUCACCGCCAUUGACCGUUACCUUUGCCUGCACUAUCCACCUGCAUACAAAAUUCUACUCACCCACAGAAGAGCACUGGUGGCCCUGGGCAUCAUGUGGGUCUUCUCGGCAUUGAUUUCCUACCUCCCUCUCAUGGGAUGGACUUGCUGUCCCAGUCACUGUUCUGACCUUUUCCCAUUUGUCCCCAAUAACUAUCUGCUGGGUUGGCUCCUGUUUAUUUUCUCCCUCUUCUCUGGCAUCAUCUAUAUCUAUGGACACGUUCUCUGGAAGGCCCAUCAGCAUGUAGCUAGUUUGGCCGAGCACCAGGACCAGCAGUUUCCAGGAAUGGCCCGAAUAAGGCUGGAUGUGAGAUUGGCCAAGACCCUAGGGGUGGUGCUGGCUGUGCUGCUCAUUUGCUGGUUCCCAGUACUAGCCCUCAUUGUCUACAGCCUGACCACCAAGUUAAGUGACCAGGUCAAAAAAAUCUUUGCCUUUUGCUCCAUUCUGUGCCUUGUCAACUCACUGGUCAACCCUGUUAUCUAUGCCCUGCGGAGCGGGGAAGUCCGCUCCUCCGCCCACCACUGCCUGGCCAAGUGGAAGAAGCACCUACGUGGCCUUGGACCUGAGGGGAAAGAGGAGGCUCCGAGGUCUUCAAUCGUUAAGACGGAAGCUGAUGUGAAAACCACCCAACAGGCAGAUUCUGGAGGUCUGGUCAGCUCUAGUUGCUGA